CGGAGCCAGGGGGGAGCAGAGGAGGAGCCGAGGCGGAGCCAGGGGGGAGAGGAGGAGGAGCCGAGGCGGAGCCAGGGGGGGGGAGAGGAGGAGGAGCCGAGGCGGAGCCAGGGGGGAGAGGAGGAGGAGCCGAGGCGGAGCCAGGGGGGGGGAGCAGAGGAGGAGCCGAGGCGGAGCCAGGGGGGAGCAGAGGAGGAGCCGAGGCGGAGCCAGGGGGGAGCAGAGGAGGAGCCGAGGCGGAGCCAGGGGGGAGCAGAGGAGGAGCCGAGGCGGAGCCAGGGGGGAGCAGAGGAGGAGCCGAGGCGGAGCCAGGGGGGAGCAGAGGAGGAGCCGAGGCGGAGCCAGGGGGGAGCAGAGGAGGAGCCGAGGCGGAGCCAGGGGGGAGCAGAGGAGGAGCCGAGGCGGAGCCAGGGGGGAGCAGAGGAGCCAGGGAGGAGGAGCCAGGGGGGAGCAGAGGAGGAGCCAGGGGGGAGCAGAGGAGGAGCCAGGGGGGAGCAGAGGAGGAGCCAGGGGGGAGCAGAGGAGGAGCCGAGGCGGAGCCAGGGGGGAGAAGAGGAGGAGCCGAGGCGGAGGCAGGGGGAGAAGAGGAGGAGCCGAGGCGGAGAAGAGGAGGAGCCGAGGCGGAGAAGAGGAGGAGCCGAGGCGGAGAGAGGAGGAGCCGAGGCGGAGAAGAGGAGGAGCCGAGGCGGAGCGUACAAUAACAUGGUACCCCCCGCAGUAACCCCAUCCCCAGAUAUAAUCCCCCCCUACAAUGCGGGUCCUACUGACACGAGACGAACACUCACCCAUAACAUGGUACCCCCCGCAGUAACCCCAUCCCAAGAUAUAUUCCCCCCCUACAAUGCGGGUCCUCCUGACACGAGACGCUCACCCAGCUCGAAGUUCUGA